AUGUCCACUCUGUUAAGUACUGGCUAUGAAUCGUCUGAAUCUGGCGAAGGUCAUGAACUUCAUGCUGGGGAGAAUGUAACUAAAUUACAUGGUGAUACCGAAAACUUGGUCGAAGAUGAUGAAGUCUCUAUUUUUCCGGAUAUGGAAGAUAUCGAAGUAUAUUUUAAUGAAUUUACUACCUUGGCCCCGGAAGUACCUGCUCCCAAGAACGGAAAUUUGGAGGAUGAUUCUCUCGGGGAUAUGAAGAAGGCUAUUUCUUUAGCUAAGGAAGAAAUUAAACAAUUAUCGUUGUAUGUUGCUUCCGCUCCGGAAAAUGAUCAUGGAUUGAAAAACAAGCGUAUCUGUCUAAAGAGAAAAACAAAUGACUUGAUUAUAUUGAAGAAGGCUUUCGGUUGCUUCGAAGAUACUAAGGAUAUAUCUAUGGACAAGCCUAUUACCAAGUCUUUGGUGGUACCCCGAAAUUUACCUAUGUUUCGCUGGGAAGGUUUACCUGCUUGUGGACCCGAGGGUCACAUAUUUGUUGACGUCAAAACUUGUCUGAUGAACUUUGUGGAUGUGAUGAACAGCCAUGGAUUGGUACUCGAUGAUAACUAUCUCCGCGUUCUGCCUCCCCUUCUGUUUGGUGCUACUCGUAUCUGGUUUGAAGAUUAUUUGAACAAAUUUAGACCUGCCUUCCAGCGUGUUCCUUCGUGGCAAGAAUUUUCGGUGGCUAUCCAAGAGAGAUAUGGGUUAAACGCUCAAGAAGAAAGAAAUAAUUGUGCUCGCGAGUUAAAUGUUAUCAUGAUGUUAAGAACUGAAAACAUGGAAGCCUUCAUUGAUAGAUUUAAUAGUUUGCGUCGACGUGCUGUUGAUCAAGUGUUACCGGAUUCUUUGUUGGUGGAGCGGUUUUUGUCUGCUAUCCCUGCGGCAUUGUCCAAUCAAGUUACUACAGCUUCUGCUACUCUCGCUCUCUACAAACAAAAUGAUGUCGAUAUCAUUGCUGCUUUGGCCAGAAGCUUGUUUAAUCGUAUAGCCCGUCAAGAAAGAGUUGCUGCUCUAUCCCGUUCAUAUAUCAUUCAUCCUGGUGAAGCUGCCCGUACUCCCAAGGGAACUGUAACUACUAACAAUAAUGAUGAUGAAGUCCAUCGCGGGUCCCGUCUAUCCCGACAUGCCUCUAACAAUACUCCUACUGGUGAAAAUUUAUCUUCGGUUCCUGUACCACCACGUCCUUUUUAUGUACCUCGCCCCAGGGCUAGAGUUGAAAAAUAUUGUUCUUUCCAUCGUGCCAAUACGCAUAAUACCGCUGACUGCCGAGCUGCAAAUGCUCAGAGUAACGAGCAAACGUCGUCUUCAGUUGAAGAUAAAAAGUGCUAUUCUUGUGGUGUUUCUGGUUGGACUAGAAAUCAUGUCUGUAACACAGCUCGUAGGGAAGAAGCUAACACGGAGCAAGAGUACAAUUUUGGUGCCAUGAGUUUUGGUUCAGAUAGAGUUGAAGGUAACAACUAUGCUGCUGAUGCUGCUGCUACUACCGAACACGCCGCUACUAUUGGGGCCCCAAGUGCUUGGGCAAACGCGAACAAUACCGUUGGAACAAUUAUUCAACAUGCGUCACCUUCUGGUAAAAUAAGAGGGAAGUCGGUCGUUAAAGUGAUACUAGAUGAUUGGUUGAUAGUUUAUAGAGAUAGGAAUUUGUAG